CUACUUGUUGUGUUUGGCAGGAAGAUUAUCAACGCAAUUUCAUAACUUUUAUACCUCCAAAUGUAACUCUUAGAGCUUAUUAUUGUUUCACUUGUGCGACCUUUGAUGGUAUGGAACUAUGGGGUGCGGAUUUAAAAAAUGGUGGUUAUAACAGAGAUACGUGUUUCCACGUAUAUGGUGGUGAAUUUAGCAAACCAAAACUUGAUGAAGCACCUUACGAAGAAUGUCAAAAAAUCAGAGAUUCAAAAUAA